UCAUCAAAGCGGCCAGAUCUAAAGAACGAGUUAGAGGCAUCUCCAUCUCGUUCUCACCACCAUUGCUCUUGCUCCACCAAAAGCCACCAACCAUGGCGCUUGUGUAGCCGUCCCACGCUUGCUCGUCUCGUCCCGCUCCCAGCAAGCACGCCCGCAGGCCGCAGGGGCGGCGCGCAGACCUAGCUAGCAUUUGGAGGCGGUUGCCGAAGUGAAGAGCCUGCCGCUGCUGCUGACGUGCUAGCUGCUUGGGGGUCUUUUCAGAGAGCUCCUUGGUGUUGGAUCUGCUAGCUGCUUGCCUUCCUCGGCUAUGCUCUGCUUGGUUCUAUACAGGUUUUCUUCCUAAAGGAUCCGACCCAAGUCACCCAACCAUGGAGUUGGUGACCGGUGUCAUGGGAAGACUACUCCUUAAGCUGGGCGAGCUGCUCGCGAGUGAGUACAAGCUACAGAAGGGCGUCAAUGAAGACAUUGAGUCCCUCAAAAAAGAGAUGGAGAGCAUUCACAUUGCCCUUAAAAAGGUGGCCGAGGUACCACGGGACCGGCUUAAUGCGCAGUUCAAGAAAUGGGCAGAUGAACUGAGGGAGCUGUCGUACGACAUGGAGGACGUCGUUGACAACUUCCUGGUGUGCGUCGAGGGAUCUGAUCCAGCACCCAGCUCCAACAAGCUCAAAUGGCUAAUGGAGAAGAUGACCGGCUAUUUCACCAAAGCCAACGGUCGCCAUCAGAUCGCCAAUGACAUUAAGGCUCUCAAGAAACUUGCCGAAGAGGUGGCUGGCCGGCGUGCCAGAUGCCAAGUCAGCGAUGCUGUUGUCAAUUCACCUAGCAGAUCCAAGGUUGACCCUCGUAUGCUGGCUUUGUACAAGGAUCAGCAAGAGCUCGUCGGCAUUGAAGCCGCUCGGGUCGAGCUAACCAAGAGGCUGGCACUUGUUGACGGGGAUGGGUCAAAUCAGCAGCUCAAGAUAGUCUCUAUUGUCGGACCUGGAGGACUCGGCAAGACAACUCUUGCCAAGGCAGUGUACGAUAGUCUUCAAACGCAAUAUGUUCACAAAGCUUUUGUUCCGGUGGGUCAAAAACCUGAAGUGAACAAAGUUCUCAAGGACAUCCUCUUGGAACUGCGCGUGCAUACGAGCGAUGUAGCCACAUUAGAUGUAAGACAACUUGUCGAAAAACUCCGAGAACUACUUCAGAAUGUCAGGUACUUCAUCGUUAUCGAUGACAUAUGGGAUUUGGAAUCAUGGGGAACAAUCAAAUGUGCUUUGUUGGACAACAAUCGUGGAAGUCGAGUAAUCACAACAACUCGCAUUCACAAAGUCGCAGCAAACACGGGUGAUGUCUACAAGCUAGAACCACUUUCUCAUGAUUUGUCUAAAGCACUAUUCUAUAAAAGAUUAUUUGGUGGUGAAGAGAACUGCCCUGAUGAUCUACCUUCUGAGGUAUCUAAAAAAUUUCUACAGAAAUGUGGUGGUGUGCCGCUCGCUAUCAUUGCAAUAGCUAGCUUGUUGGUUGGUAAAAGAGUGGAGGAUUGGUCUAUGGUAUACACCUCUAUUGGUUUUGGAUAUGGAGAUACUAGAGAUAUUGAUGACAUGAGAAGGAUAUUAGUAUUUAGCUAUGAUGAUCUACCUUGUUAUCUAAGGCCUUGUCUAUUGCAUCUGAGCAUAUUUACAGAGGACGCUUUGAUCAUGAAAGAGACAUUGAUAUGGAUGUGGGUGGCCGAAGGCUUUGUCAGUGAAGAGCGAGGGAGAGGGUUAUUUGAGAUUGGAGAGGGAUACUUUAGUGCUCUCGUAAACCGAAGCCUGAUCCUGCCUGUGGGGAAGAAAGGAAAGAAUGUCAUAUAUGCUUGCCGUGUUCAUGAUAUGGUACUUGAUACAAUUUGUUGGUUAUCGAAGGAAGAAAAUUUUGUUACCAUAGUGGAUGGUAAUGGGAAAUACUCAUCUUCAGAAAGCAAUGUUCGUAGGUUAGCUGUCCAAACAAGAGAGGAAGAGCAGGGCAACCAUUUGGCCAACACAAGCAUGCCAAAAUUGAGGUCAUGUUAUGCCAGCAGCUGUCAUAAAAGUAUGAUGCCACCACUUUCGAGCUUUCAAGUGUUACGUGUUCUAGACAUGAAAAACUGCAUAUUUCUGGAAAACUGUCAUCUUAAGCAUCUUGGAAGGUUACACCAAUUGAGAUACUUGAGUCUGGAGAACACAAAAAUCAGUGAGCUCCCAAAAGAUAUAGGAGAUUUAAAGUUUCUGCAGACACUAGACUUGAGGAACUCCUGGAUACAAGAAUUGCCUCAGGGUACUAGUUUGCUAAGGGAACUUAAGUGCCUGCGUGUUGACAGCAAGCGCUUGCACAAUCGUAGAAUUGAACAUUUUGGUAUAGCAGUGCCGAAUUGGAUAGGGAACCUGACAUCCCUGGAGGAGUUAUCUUUGCAAAUUAAUGGUGAAUUCUCUACCUUCGUUGAAGAACUUGGUAAGCUGACAGAGCUGAGGGUGCUGGACUGUCAUUUAAGGGGAAGUCUGGAUGAUUGUUCUAAGAAAACUUUGGUGGGUUCUGUAUGCAAACUUAAGAAAAUCCAAACCCUACAUCUUGAGGGCCUCUGGUGGUCGGAAUUGGAGGCAGAUACCUACUGGGCAGGCUACAAGCCUCCUCGGGAACUCCGUGAUCUGUCAAUAUCGACCAAGUUCAGUAGGGUCCCGGCGUGGAUUAAUUCCUCGCUGCUUCCGAACCUCUCCAAACUAAAAAUGCGGGCUUUCCCUAUGGAGGAGCAGGAUGUGGUCAACCUGUGGGGCUUGCCAGAGCUUUGUAGUUUGAAAGAUUUGUGGAUACGAGCAGAGGGCAUUGAGUUCCCUGAUGGCGCGUUCCCCAAGUUGAGGAGCUGCGGGAUAGAUGCACCUUUCUGGUUUCUGCCGGGAAGCAUGCGGAGCCUUGAAUACAUUACGUUCGGCACAGGGUGGUACUUGGACAAGAAGGAUGCCGUCGACGUCAUUGAUGUUGACUUUAUUGGUACCCUGGGGAACCUCCCUUCUCUCCGGUGGGUCUUCGCUUAUAUGGACUGCUGGGGUGGUGCCCGUGCUUCUGAUGUGGAGAAGAUGGAGGCAGCGGUGAGGCAAGCAAUCGACAAUCAUCCCAACCAUCCCAAACUUGAUAUGGGAAGGCGUGGUGGAGAUCCGAUAAAAGAACCAGCCUCCCCUCUUCUGGAUCAUAAUACGGGUGUUGGUCCGUCUGCUCAGGACGACAACCAAGAAUCGAGCUCCCAAGAGACAGAGCAGGAGUUCAACGACGACGAUGACAACCGCGUCAAACAAAAGCCGGAUCCGGAGCAGAAGAAGCAAGAUCAGUCUCAUGAAGGCCAGGCGUCGGAUUCCUCCAAGGCAGACCAAAAGCCGGACGACCAACGAGAAGCCAACAACGUCGACGUUGAUGCAGCGGAGAAGUGCUCAGUCCUCGACGUCCACCCCAGCGGUCCUGUCCCUCGCCUCAGUUUUGGCAUUUGUCUGCUCCAUCACCAGCGCGGACAACAAGCUCAGGCGAUCAACGAGAAGGAGGAGGAAGAAUCGCAGGUGGCAGACCGACAGGAACAGCCGGCCGAGGAACACGAAGAAGCCGAGGACGGGUCAGCAGAGACGACUCCACCAAAGACCCUGCAGAACACAGUCGACGUUGCUAGUCUUGCAGAAAGCAGUGAGGCCGCCGCUGCUACGCCUGCUCCUUCUGAGCCCGCUGGACCGAGAUGGAGGCGUUGGGCGUGCUUUAGUUGCCUCAAGUCCGGCAGCAGUUCUUCUCACUAGUGUGGUGCCGUGCUUCUGAAGAUGGCUCAGGACUUCUGAAUAAUUGCGUUGCUGGUUAGUGGUCGGGUUGAACUGCACUACUUUUGUCGGAACUUCUUAAACUGUUUGUUGCUAUUGUUUGGCUUGUAAUAGGAUAGUAUGACGCACCAGGUUUUUUGCCCCGUAGUCUAUGUUUGAUCAAGAUCAGGCAUCGACAGCGGGUUUUCCUGGCGGGUUUGAAUAUCCUUUCCAUUUCCACAUGUUAAUUAAGAUUUGUUUGUUUGUUUGUUUGAGGAA